AUGAAGACUGCGAGCAUUGUGUUGUUACUUGCCGCGACUUGUUUAGCACAGGUUCCAGCAGGCCAUGAGUACAUUGCGCCGGGCGCGAAGGACGUCCGAUCUCCUUGUCCUGGCAUCAAUUCAUUGGCAAAUCAUGGUUUCCUGCCUCGCAACGGCAAAGGCCUAACACUUACCGACGUGAUCACUGGAUUGAAGGAAGGCUUGAAUGUGGGUGCAGAUUUCGCCACUGGAGUCGGUCUGCUAGCUCUCAUGGCACCGUCGAACCCACUGGCAACCUCGUUCAACAUGGACGACCUGGACCGUCACAACUUCCCCAUCGAGCAUGACGGAAGUCUUUCAAGAGCUGAUUACUACGAAGGCAACGAUCAUAGCUUCAAUCAAGCCAAAUGGGAUCAAGUGCUGGCAUAUUACGCAGGCCAGGAGAACACCAGCAUCAAGCAGGCUUCGCUCGCAAGAUACAACCGCAUCAAGGUGCAAAGAGCUCUGAAUCCUGACAAAUUCAUAUAUGGACCUCGACAGAUCGUGCUCAGCUACGGAGAGACGGCAUUGUAUCUACAAACAAUGGGCAAGAACGAUGGUACCGGUGUCGCUCCCGUGAAAUAUGUGAGGUCACUGUUCGAGCAAGAGAGGCUACCGUAUGAGCUAGGGUGGCAGAAACCAGACAACGAGUGCAAUCUUCUCACGCUCGGGGCGCAAAUAACCCAGCUCCAACUAGCAAAUCCCGAAGCCCUGCCAGAAGGAUUGUCCCUUGGUGAAGGAGCUUUAAGAGAUGUUAUAGAGCUCAUCGAUCCGAUCACUGGGAAGCUGGAAAAUGCUACGUGUAUCUUGCUCAACAACUGUGAUUGA